AUGAAACCUGCUCACCCUCCACUAGAUGGCGUUACUUUCGACCCCGCUGACGAACCACCUCCGUCCACUCGCCACAGACACGUGGAGACUACAAGAUCUCAACCUGCAGCCCCAGUUUCUCCCUCCCACCAGGUCUCGGAGUCUGUUUCCUCUCCCUCUGUGCCAGUAAAGGAUCACCACAGACGCCCUGAACUGGCACCAACCUUUACCCCUCCUAUUACUCGUUCUAAGGCCACGGCCAAGCCCCUAACCUCUUCUCCUCCGAAGACACCUGACCCAGCGCCGGUCCUUCCUCUGAGGGAAGUGGCUGGAAUCGAUGGUCUAGUUAGAGUACACGUUCCCUUCUCUUUGAGCGAACUUUCUCAAAUAGAAAGCAGACUGGGUUCUUAUACCUCUAACCCCUCUAACUUUAUUAAAGAAUUUCAGUACAUUACUCAAUCUUACAACUUGACUUUUCAUGAUGUCUAUAUGAUUCUUACUAACAAUUUACUUCCUGAUGAACGCAGGCGAGUUUGGGAAGAGGCAAAAACGCAUGCAGAUGAAAUUCACCAGACAGACAAAAGCUAUCCAAUUGGAUCUGAGGCAGUGCCUGACCAAGACCCGCUAUGGGAUUAUAAUUCCUCGGCUGGUAUUUUAGCCAGAGACAGGUUUGUUACAUGCCUUCUAGCUGGUCUCAGAAAGGCAGUUUUAAAGCCAAUAAAUUUUGAAAAACUCCAAGAGGUUGUCCAGGAAAAACAGGAAAAUCCAUCUCAGUUUUUACAACGCCUCACGAAGGCUUUGUUGCAAUUCACUAAUCUAGAUCCUGACAAUCCGGAAGCUUCUCAGGUGGACCCCAGAGUUUGGGACGUCCAGAACCCCUCUGUUGCUAAACAUCACUCUCCCGUUGUCAUCCAGUUACUGGACCCUACCAGGACCUUGCUCUAUCAAGCUCCGGAGGACAUCGGGACCACCCACCUUGUCCCCAGUUUUCAUUCAUCUGUGCCUUAUAACCUGGAGUGUGGUUGUCAGAUCACUCACUGCAAGGUCAAGAAUGAAGGCAGGGAGCUCUUGAUGGGUCAAAAGAGACCUUCCCUGUGA